CAAACACAGCGCGGAGGUCGCUCGGCGAAGUUUGUCCCUUCGGCGGCACCGUCCCCCGCUGCGCCCGGCCCGGGUCACGUGAGCGAGACGCGCCCGGUGCCUGGGGCGGAGCAGGAGGUGUCGAGCUGCGGGAUCCCGGGCCGGGCGGGAGGGAUGGAGGCCACCUUGGAGCAGCACUUGGAGGAUACAAUGAAGAAUCCAUCCAUUGUUGGAGUCCUGUGCACAGAUUCACAAGGACUUAAUCUGGGCUGCCGUGGGACCCUAUCAGAUGAGCACGCCGGGGUGAUAUCCGUUCUAGCCCAGCAAGCAGCUAAGCUGACCUCAGACCCCACUGAUAUCCCUGUGGUGUGUCUAGAAUCAGAUAAUGGGAACAUCAUGAUCCAGAAGCAUGACGGCAUCACGGUGGCGGUGCACAAGAUGGCCUCCUGACGGCUUAUGGCGGUUCUCCAGCAGCCUGUCGUUGGGGCUUGAUCCCACCUGUGUAAAUUAUCUUAGACAACUACACCAGUCCCAAUAGGCCAUUUAUUUCGUGUGCAUUGGGCACUUGUCUCUUAAUUUCAGAGUAAGCUUCUUUUGGACACUCAAUGGACUGACUUAUCCAAAUAUUAAUAAGAAAGGAUCAUGUUUUGAAGCAGCAGGUCCCAGUCACUUUGUACAUAGAAUUUUCUUACAUUCAAUAAAUCUGGUCAGAGAAAAGCUUGGCUCUUUUCUGGACUGUUUAAAUUCUUAGCAAAUGUUCAUUUUUUUGAAUUACCAAAUUAUAUAUUUUUUAAAAUCUUUGCUCCAAGUCAGUCUCUUCUCUCUGAGAAGCUUCCUGAACUACAGACAGUCUCACACAAGUGUCCAUGGAUACUGAAAACCAAUUAAGCCUAUACCCACCCCAUAACAACAUAAUAGCUAUUAUCAUUAAGUACCUAUUAGAUACCAGGAACUCAUGUAAUUCUCACUGAUAACCCUAUUUGUACUCUUAGCUGCCCCAUUUUGCCUUUGUGUAACUAAGGCUAAGGGAUUUGCAGAGUAACUCAGGGACGCCUGGGCAGCUCAGACAGUUAAGCGUCCGCCUUAGGCUCAUACCAUGAUCCCAGAGUCCUGGGAUCGAGUCCCACAUCAGGCUUUCUGCUCACUGGGGAGUCUGCUGCUCCCUCUCUCCUCUGCCCCCCAUCCCACUCAUGUUCUCCCUCUCUCUUGCACUCUCAAAUAAGUAAAUAAAAUCUUAAAAAAAAAAAGACUCCCAACUCAGAGCUUGUACUUUGAACACCAGACCAUUAUAAAAAUAGGCAUGUUUGGUGAGAAAAAACUAACACCUGAACGUAGAAGACAACAUUAUCUUUUCUUUAACCUUUAUAGUUCUCAACAGCAGACUGGAGCACAGGCAGGCACAGAUGACCUGAUUUUGUUGAAUUUAAAUGCAGUCCUGUUACUCUUUAGCAAUUUAGUAUUUGACAGUAUAAAAAAAUCUCCAGAAUAUUAUUUAUUCCAAAAUAUCAAGCACCUCCAAAUACAAGAUACUAUAAGAGGAUACAAAGAUUUUGCAUUAAGACCUGGUUCCAGCCUUUGAGUUCGUACUCUGAUAGAAGGGAUGUGCACAUAUGUUGUCUUCACCAAUACUUGACAUGUAGUACAUGUUUGUUUUAUAUAUUAAAAAUUGUUCAUAUGUUA